CCCACCCCUGGUCUAUGGCAUCAGAAAGUGGAGGGUGGCUCAACUGAUCUCUGCAGCGCCUCUUGCGGUGGUUGCUGUCUACAUAUGGUUCAUCCCAGAGUCAGCCAGGUGGCUGUUAAACAAGGGACGGACAGAGGAAGUGAAGCAGCUCAUUGCCAAAGCAGCCGCCGUUAACAAACAGCCGGUCCCUCACUCUCUGCUGGAAAAGGUUACCGUGAACACAACCCCAAACAAUGGUGGCAUGAAGAUCAUUUUCAGAUCCCCACUGCUCACCAGAUAUUUCCUUACUGUUGUCCUGGCUUGGUUUUCACUGAACCUCUGCGUCUACUGCCUGUACUUAGACAUGGGAAACCUCGGCUUUAGCAUCUUUUUGACCCAGUUCCUCUUUGGUGCUUUUGAAAUACCUGCUGUUCUAUUCUCCAUGUGGCUGUUGGAGAUUUUUGGGAGAAAAGCGUUAUUCAUAUUUACCCUGGUAAUAGGAGGACUUUCUUCUUUGCUCAUUGUUGCUGUUCCCCAAGAACAUGCUCUAGCUGUUACGUCUUUGGCUGUGGCCGCUCGCUUCUUCCUGGUCUGGGCUGGUUCUGUGGCAUGCGUCUACAUCCAGGAGUUGAGUCCAACAUCAGUUCGACAAACUGCCACCGCUCUGGGCUCGAUAGCAGCAAGAGCAGGAGUGUUACUGGCGCCGCUGCUGAACAUGCUGGCGGUGUACCACUGGGUCAUCCCCAUCGUCGUCUCAAGCAGCCUGACAAUCGUCGGCGGAGCCCUGGGCUUCCUGCUCCCAGAGACCAAGAAAACUGAGCUUCCUGAGACAGCUGAAGAGGCGGAGAAAAACAGAGUCGCAGCAUCAGGAUCCGAUUCACCUUCUGAGUCGAACACGUUAUGAACUUUUGCCUGUCUACCUGUUUCAAAAUCCAUUACUGGCAGCAUUUACCUAACUGUAGCUACUUUGAGAGAGGAGAGGCCAACACUUAUUCUGCAAGAACAGAGAUUUGUUCUUUUACCUGAGGCUCCAAGAACAAGAACAAGAACUGAGUUCUUUGUGGCUCAAAUCCAGAACUCCCGGGAAGAACACAACCUUCCUGUUGCUUUACUUCUGAGCUGUACAGUCUCAGUUGUUUUGCAAUCAGAAGGUUGAAGGUUUGAUUCCAGCUUUUGCUUCCGGCCAAGUUACCUUCUGAGCUGUCUAUUGGUGUAUCCAUGGAAAGUGCUGCAUAAAUUGAGACCAUUUACCAUCUUUCUAUUACACAAAGACAUCGCAAAUAGACCAACCACAUAUUGUGUAAUAUCAAUCCAACCUCGACUCCCAUCCUCGUUUCUUUUGCCGCUUGUCUUUCCUCUCGCUGCUCCCUUCAUGUUGGAUUACUGAAAUGUGGAGGCCACUAGUGCCGAAAAAAUUCUUUAAAAAAAUAAAUAAAUCCCCCAUCAGUCCUGCAUUUCCACGAAUGACCAUCGGGGACGUAGUUUUUCAGCAAGAUAGCACCCGUUAAUGCAGUCCAUGGAAAUAUGGGCUGCCUUUAUCACGCAGAUUACAUUUUCUUCUUUGUUUUAUCUUUAUGUUUACCUGGAAUCAAAUGGAAUCAAAUAAAAAUUUCCUACCCCUGCCC